AUGGCAUCGACAUCUCUUGCGAUUGACAGCAACGGCGCGGCCAAUGGCAGUUAUGCGAACAACGGCGUUGUAGGCGCAGUGAGCCAAGCAAAGCCUACUCCAAUGAUAGAGCGAAACAGCAACGCGCAGGAGCUGAACACCGCUGCCUCAGGUGCGGAUGGACCACGCCAAGCCGGCGCCCCGCAGGCACAGACACUGCUUCAAAACACGCCUAAUGAGGAGAACUCACCCCCCUCGCAGCGGGCCGAGUCCGCGGUCACCGCGCUGAAGCUGACGCCGAACGUGCCACCUGCGACGGCCUCUGCUGCCGACGGUACCAGCGUCACAAGCGAAGAUCAAUCUUCCAGCGACGCAGCAGACCCCAAUCCUUCUGGCUCCAACGGCGAAGCGCAGCGCGCAGCCCCACCCACGUCGAACACCUUUAUCGAUCUCCGCCUGCUGCGAAGAGCUGAUCUACAUGCGGGCUUCACCGAACAAACGCCCGCAGGACGCACAACGCAUAGCGGCAACACCACCGGCAAUGCGCAAAGGCGGGCGCCGCCGCCGCUAUCGGUGAACGCUAUUUCCAAGGCAGCGUCGCCACUGCCGAAGGGGCGCCCUUCGCCAUCGGAGAGCGUGCCAACGGCGGAGAGCGUGCCAACGGCGUCCUUGAGCACGCCUAGCCUUUCCCCUCCGUCCCACACGGAGGACAUGGCAGGGAGCGCGAUACACACCGCUUGCACACAGGUCUACCGUCCCCCUAGCAUUUUCAACCGAGGUAGCCAGACGCAGGUGAUGAGCGUGCCCAGCAGCAGCAGCGGCGGCAGCAGCGUAACCGUCCGCUUUCACAUUCAAGAGCUGCCUACGCUGAGCACCUCACCUCCGUACCCCAACCGUCGCGGGCGAGGUAGGCCGAUGGAGGACAGUGAAGUAGAUAGCGGUGACGGUGCUGCUGCGUCUGCUGCCCUCGUGGACGAAGCCGCGUUGAAGGAGGAUUUUCUCCCGGUGGUCGGUGACGCUGGCACUCUGAGUGGCUGCGGCAGUCGUCGCAGCUUUGCUGGUCUGCGCACCACCACGAACUCCCCCGACUCGCAGCCACCGCCGCUGACGGACAUGACGCACGCGCCCGGCUCGCAGAUCGACUCCUCGUGGGGCAACUCGAUGGUGGACACGCUGAGCAGCUCCGCGGCGUCGCAGCGCAGCGACAGUGAGGCGGACAGCUAUGCGGCGGCGGUAGCACAAGCACCACCACCACCACAUCUUAACGGUACCACAGAUGCAUCACUGAAGCCGGCGGUUGACCCGUCUAACGCGUCAGCUUCUGCGAUGACGCGCUGGGUGUUUCGCGGGUCUGGGCGAGGACAGUCCGCACGUCUGCUCAACAGCAAAGGUUCCGGCGGGAAUGAAAAGACGGCUGCCGCCGUUAACGUCAACGGUGAUGGAGUACCAAAGGCGAUGUCACGAGCUGCUCGAACAGGUUGGGAUGCGGCCGUGCGGCGUCCUGCAAAGACACAGGAAAGGAGUCGUUGCACGGCACCACGGGUGUACCUUCGACGGACGGCGAAGUCCGCAGCGGCGACGACGACGCCAGGCGAGGGGCUCGGUGAUAGUCCGCAUUCCACGGAGACUGAGGCGAUGUCGAAGCCGGCUGCACGUUCGCCGCCGCUGCUCGCCUCCUCUUCUCCUCUACGGCCUUCUUCUACCGCUGCUGACGGAGGAACCAAAACGUCACUGCCAUCACCGCAUGGGCCUCCGACGAUUCUCGAGGGUGCAUCCGCCGGUCAGGACGGGCGCGAAAACAAACCGCCCGACCAAGCAGCUCUCCAGCCGCUCGCCGCCGCAGCGACAUCCUCGCAGCCACCAAACAGCAGAGCAGACACAUCGUUGCUCAACCUUUACGCAAACUUGGAGACGUCAGCGGGCUCGUCGCACCACCAACCGCCGCGGCAACAGCAACGAGGCGCGCACGAGGCACCGGCGUCGCCGCAGCUUCCGCCCACGACCCGCGAGCCCAUGUCGCUCUCCGCGUCCCGUCUCUCCGGGAGGGCUAUAUUGUCCCUUGACGGUCUGGGGCCCGUUCUGCAGGAGGCGCUGCGGAGCGGCCCCAUCCCGCCAGUGGAGGCGACCGCCACGUCCACGCACAGCAACGUGCAGUUGACCGUGAGGACGUCCCUGUCCUCGCCUUCGCCGAUACGCGCAGCGAAUCCUACGCAUUCCAGCGAUCCUUCUGCGCAGCCGCCUUCAACUGCGAAGGACAGCAGCCGUGACGACGUCGGCACCGCUGGCGAUACCACUAUUACGUCUCCUCCCAGCACGUUCUCCGCCGUUUUCACACGGCUGGACCAAUCCCCCUCCCUUCCGCACGCCACGCAGCCGCCGACAGAUGUGUCAGGCCAGAAAGAUGUGCAGCCUUUCCUCUCAACGGUGAACCGAGAAGGCGCGAUCAGCGUCUCACACAUCACAGCCCACGCCGGUCGCAUGGAGCCGUCAUUUACGUCGCCGUUGGGCACCGACGUGACGGCGGACAUCACAAGCGGGAGCGGGUCGGACUCCGCGGAUCGCCACCACGCGCGCUUCACCGCGGCCCCGCAGCUGGUGCCGGCGGCGUCCCACGAGUUCUUUGUGCGUGGGGCCCAGCGCAUGGGUGGUGGUGGUAAUGACGUCAAGAACAGUGGUGACGCCGCCGCCGCCGCCGCGGGCCCACCGAUGGGGCGUGGACGUGCUGAACCGCUGGUGUUGUUGCCCAUGUCUGUUGCCACGGCAUCCCCUCAAACUGCGCCGUCAGCAGCGGCGAUGGUGGAGGAGCAGAGCCCGGUCGCACGCCGCACUCCAUCGGCGGAAAAUCAGAGUAGUAGAUUGUCCGACUAUCCUUUUGACAUUCGCAGCACUUCCAGUGCGCCGCGUGUGCUAAUGGAGUUGGUACUGGAUGCCCCACCGCUGCCAAUGUCGUUUGAUAACGAGAUCACAAACACCGCCAAGACGCAGACGGCUGAUCCGAAGUGCGAUGAAGGCGUUCAUAGCAGCAGUAGCGGCAAGGAAGCCAUGCCGUCUCCCGCGUUCUUCAAGGAGGGCGUCAGCACAGGCGACGACCUUCUUCUUUCCCAACCCACCGCAUCCGAGGCGGAGGCGACAAGGGAGGCGGAGGAACGCCGAAGGGUGGCGAAUCUGCUGAGCAUCUCGAGCAGCAGUGACGCGCAAGCCACGCAGCCGAACUCGCCGCCGAUCAUCGAGACCGCUGCUCGGUAUCUCACGUUAACCGCCUCCACCAUCACCACGGCAGACAGCAAUGUCGUCCCUUGCACUACUCACAGUGGACGCCACAGCAACAACCGCGGCAAUCCGAUGGGCGACGAUGAGAAGAGAGGCGACGCCACCGUCAUCUCCCCGCAUUCUUUUGCCUCCCCGAAACCCCUCACGAUGGGUUUCGUGCCUGGUUUGACGAUGUUGCCGAGCAGCACUGAUAUGUCCGCCUCGGCUGCCUCGACUGGCCCGGUGCAGCCUUCUCCGCAGCCCUCACUGCAAAGACAACACGGUCUGCAGGCGCAGCCAGAACAGACACCUCCACACUCCAGCUCCCCCGCCGCCUCCUCUCCCACGUCACAGGUGACCGUCCUACUGGCCUGUAGGGACCGUCACCGCUACGGCAGCCUCACCACCUCGCCGAUCCCCUACGCCAUUAAGCCGUCACCGCCUCCACCGCUGCUGCACCCAGCAGCACCCGCCGCACCACCACCACAUCUCCUGCUGCAGGAACCGCAGUGUUCGCUCUCGCAGCACGGCACGACGCAGACAUCUUCAGCCAUUUCGGCCCUCUCCGUCGCGCUCGUCUCCGACGCGGCGUCGUCUGAGUGGAGCGCGCCGCUGCCGCCGCCGCCGCCGCCGGCGCCAUCGCUGCGGUUGACCGACACGCGCACGCAGGAGUGGAAGCCAUUCUUUUUCCCUGGACAGCCGGGGGGCGGUGUAGAAGCAGCAGCAGCAGCAGCAGCGAAGCCGGAGUUUGUCGGUCCACCCCCGUUGCAGCAACAACGAGAAGCUCGUCCGGCUUCCGCAGCGCAAGACGAAGGUGCGGAAGACGAGGCCAGAAAGAAAGGGUCGGACACGAUGUCCCUGACAAAAGACAGGCACGGCUCUGCAGAAACGGUCUCCGCUGCCGCCGCAGUGUCUGCACGCGGGGCGCGAGUGGUGCUGCGUGCGCGUAAGGAAAAAGUGCGGCGAGCAACGCAGUCCUCCCCAUACGCGGUACUGUUGCUGCAGCUGCUGCCUCCUUCGGUGCCGGUGCGCCUCGUGACAGGUGACAAGGCUUCUGCGCUGCUGCCUGCGGCAUCACCCGCGGCAGCGAGGCCGCAGAGCGCGACCAUUUUAUGGAGGCACGAGAGAAAGGAAGAAGAACGGCGUUCACCACAACCGCGGCAGCGGCAACACGAUGCCGACCAAUCGCUGACGCAGGCUAGGGGUACUGUCACAUCCACGAUAACGUCAUCCGAUGUGGCGACCCCGUCACGUAAGCGUGCCUCCUCUCUCAGCUCCGCCGCACUGGCGCCGUCCAGCACGACCCCUCCGCCGGGACAUCCACUGACAGCAGAGCCGCUGCCUUUCUUUUCGUCCCCGCCGAGCAGUCCCACUGAACCCGCCGCCCCCGCAGAGAAGGAAGCGGAUCGCACGUCUACGCAAAAGGACGUGUGCGCAGGUGAGAGGGGCCAACAGCUGGAUGUCACGCUGCCGCAUGCCGCACCGCUGAGAACACCACCGCUACACACCACACCUCCAGUCGGAGAAGGAACGACUGAGGGAAUGCAUCCCGCAGCGCUGCCGGCGUCGCACACCUUACCGACUGCGGCGCCAUCCCUCUCUCAACCUAACCGACGACUCGCCGUACACGCGAUACCGUGCGGGGCGCGCAGCUCACGGUCAGCGCGAACCGCCGCGGCGCUGCCGGCGCAGGCGACGAGGACAGCCCCCGUCAUCCGGGACCUCGCCGCACGUACCUCGCCGCUUCGUCGCGUGAACCCGUCUGCUUCGGCCGCAGCACACGCCGCCGCUCCUCGUUCUUCUCUUUUCACUCCCCACGGCGAAGUUGCUGCGAUUGUUGUGCGAGACACUACAUCGCCCGCGUCUACCACCACUGAUGCUGCUACUACUCUCUCCUCCUACCCACCACUGCGUCGCGCUCGACAGCGUUCGACUUCGCCCCGUAUGCAGGAGCUGCCGUCCUCAACUCAGGUGCCACUCGAUUCGGCAGCAGUGAAAAACGGAGAUCUUGCAGUGACACGUGUGCCGCCGGUGCAUCCCCUCCAGAGUGCCACCACCACCACCACCACCACCACGAUGGCCGCCGCUGCAGAAGACGCAGCCGACGUGAACACGGCGCACGCGCGUGAAUGGGGGACCGCGGUUGCGGUGAAGGAGGGAGCCGUCGCCCCCACCGCAGGACCACCUUCACGGCGGAUGCCACGUCAGGCGUCAGACGCCAGCGCGAGGCGGACACCGCGAUCAGCCAGCACUGGCUGGGCAGCGCGCGAGGCGCAGCUGGAAAACACGCCCGGCACGGAGCUAGCCCCGUCCAUCAUCCCCGCCAUGGCAGGCACGGCGGUCAGCCGCAGCGCCAGUACUUCCUCCUCGAUGGAGACGAGCGCGCUACUGCACGCCUUCGAGCAGUGGACACCACCGGUGCAGCAGCGGUGCCGCCACCGUCUGCCACCGGAGCCGGAGGGGGAUGGAAGGCAAGUGAGUAAGUUCGAAGCAGCGGCUGCAGGACAUGUACGUCCGCACACACGUAAGCCACUGCUGUCGCGACGCAGCAAGAAGAAAAUGCGCCGUAAACGCGGCGACGGCGGCGGCGCGGCGGCUCAUGCUUCACCGAGGGGUGCGCCACGCGCGUCACCGCCGGGGUCGCCUUCUUCCUCCUCUGCCUUACAGGACCAGCAGCAAGAGCACCAACAGUCGCCGCUGAACAGCCCUCGUGCCGAGAAGCCUUUACGCACGUGCGUUGGGCCGUCGCCCCUGCAGCGCCGUCCCUCCCCGUCCGUCGGCCCUCCUCUCACUCCCAUGCCGGCCGCGUUACGAAGCACGUCUGCUCCGUCUACGGCCGACACGCUGAUGAGCCACGCAAAGACGUGCAAGGAGUCUUCUCCCACCCCGGUGCCAACGAAAGAACCACCCGCGCGUCGUCGCUCUGUCUGCUCGCAAACAGACUUGACACCCUUUCCACGCACUGUUCCGCUGUCCUCUCCGCACCGGCUUUCCGCCGACCCGCGUGCUGUUGUACGGCGAGAGCAGGUGCCUGUGGCGCUACGAUCACCGACCCCUCUCGUGCGUCCGCUGCUGCCCAGUAUGGCUGUGAGAUCGGCGGGAGAGCAGCUACCUUCCUACCCGCCUGCGCAGCCGGAGCAGCAGCAGCAGCGACAGAAACCUCUUCUACGAAGCGUACAACCGGCGUUGCCGCCUUCGCUGCCGGCGACACUUCACCGCACCGACUCUUCCAAACUGCACCCUGCCAACUUCUUCGCCACGCCGCUGGUGAGGUUUCGUGGCUCUGUCAGCCCCGUCAGCUCCCUCGGCGCGCACGACGGCGAGGUGGUGUGCGAGGUGCUACCCGGGGGCGACAACACCACUCCCUACCACUAUCGCACUAGCCAUCACGGAAGCCGCGGCUCGUCGCUGGCGUCCUCGGUGCCGUCUAGCUGUCUGCAGGUGCAUCAGCGACGGGCUGGAUACCGCAGCCACCUCCCCCGCACAAUGCCCUUCCUGACGCGGACGCCUGAUCCAAUUUUCUCCUCCACGACGCUGAGCGCCGUGCCGGUGGCACUGCCGCAGCCGCACGCCGUUGAGGCAUCGGAGCAUGCGGAGCGGCACAAUGGCCGAUACACCAAGGCACAUUGCAUCAGCGGCGGUGGCGGUGCGCUGGGGAAGCUCGGUGCACUGGGGCAACGGCUGAUCCCGUUGUGGUGGCGCCGAGGACGUCCUUCGCGCAGUAGCAACCGCAGUAGCAGCAGUAACGGGAACCGCAGCAUCCACGCCGCACUCUCACCUGCGCAGCUGCCGUCGCCUGCCAUCGAGCCCGUUUCGAUGUCCGAGUCACUCCAUCAGCAGCAGCUGCUGCCUGCACCACCGCCGCCGCUGCCGUCGCAGGCGAAUCUACCGAAGCACGCCGCACCUCGCCAGGCUUCACCACAUCGCACGCCACAGCAACACCUUUCGCCACGCACCGCGUACGCUACGCCGCCAUUUCUUUCUCAUCCCAGCGACUUCCUCUACGCGGUGGAGCCGACCCCCAACGUGGACGACGGCACCGACGGGUCCGGCGCAUCUUCGCAUCGGUCGCAACAAAGAAGACAGCCGCGCCGUCGACGCAGCAACGUUCCGUUUGGGCCUUCACCUCCACCGCCGUCUCCCGUCGCCACGGCCAACCCGGCCGAGCUCGAGAAUCAGGAGCAUCAGAGACAUCCGCAGCAGCAACAACAACCACCGCAACCCGCCGCUUCCCCCUUCGCUACCACCCCACCGCCGACGAAUGCGGCGCACGGGAACGCCGGUGCUCGGCGCUCGUCUGGCGUGAUGGCGGGUCAGCCGCUACGCCCUCGCCCGAUCAACCCCGUCUCUGGUGGUGGUGAGUCGUUGCCGCCGGCAGCCGGUGCAGCGAAUUACUACGGCGCCUACCAACGAUCGUUGCACCCCGGUGGCGGCACCCCCCUCUCCCGCACCUCGCCCUCUCCGCUGUGGGCGGACACUCCGUCUUCGCGUCUGCCGCCAGCGCAGUAUCGGCCACCACCACCACGACCACGACCACCACUGAUUGGGACGCCGCAGAAUUCUGCAGCGGAUGGCCAGGCGACGACACCGAAUGAUAGCGUCAGCGGAGGAGCGGAGGGCAGCUCUGCCGGAGCCGCCUCGCUCGCACCGGCGCAUACACGACGCAAAGCGAGACCGACUCUUUCGUCACCGCUUCCAGCAGGAACGGAUCUCCUCAGCAAGGCGGCAGCACCGAGGUCGGCUCGCAAUGUUCCGUUUCACAGCAUACGUCCUCUGCAGCAUCCGCGGCAGUACCAGCACGAAGAAAAGUUUUACGACGACCCAGUGGUAGGCGCCGCUGAACUCAUGAAUAGUCGUCAGGACAGGGGCUGGAAUGGCAGCGAUGGUGUGACUCGCACUCCUCCACUCACACGCGAUCUUCUCGGCACAUUCCAGCGGGCGAAGGUGGCCACGAAUAGAGCACCAACACGACGACCAUCACCACCACAAUACCAGCCGCAUCAUCAUCAGCCGCAGCAAGAACCACCACCUGAGCCGGCAGCGUAUCUCGCAAACCCGAACUACGCAGAACAGCGCGCGCGCGCACAGGCAAAUAACAAGUCGGCACUGCAAUAUGAAAUGGGCGUGGAGGACGUCACACCGGUGCUCUCGGCGCCGUCACAUGAACGUGGCCCACCCCGCCGGCUAUCCCGCCCUUUGCCCGAUAACUUUUCUCAAGGGAACUGCAGCAGUAAGAAAGGUGAGAAGGCCACCACCGCUCGACCGGUUCCGGAGAGUUCUCCUCGUGCCUUUUCCCCCGCUGCUGCUCCGUCGGCUUUGUUCUCAUUCUCCUUCAGUCCAGAGGCCAACAACAAUCGUUUGCGGGAUUCGCCGUCGCCGAUGCCGGUUGCGCCCAGCGACGCGGCAGACCCCAGACGCCAACAGCAGGGGCCGGUCUAUGGUCCCAAUGAGCAGCAAAGGCAGCGAACGACCGGCACCACAGCCGGUGUGGCGCUUCCCAACCUGAGCCGUCCGACGGUUCGCACACAGGGGCCAGCGCACCGGUUUGGGUUCUCGGCGCGCACCGCCCAACCGCACCCGGACGGUCCUCCCCCUCCUCUGAAUCCGCAAGUCGACGCGCUCGUGUCCGCUGGCUCCUCUUCACAUCUGGGGGUGGGAGAGAGGGGUCGAGGACCACAACAUGUAGCCGUGACGCCGCAGUUACUCCCACCGCUCCGUCCAUCAUCGCCAUCCACCAGCGGUGCGGUAGCAGAGGCCGCUGACAUGCUCAUCCCACUCCCGUCUCCGCUAAAGUCUGCGUCUGCGCCGAUGCUGCAACACGAACAAGACGUGCUGGGAACGUCUGGGCAGCGGGUGAGCCGUCUGCUGCGCGGGUUGCGGGUGCAGAAGGAGCAGCAACAGGGCAGACGCACGGGCCUGCGAAGGUAA